UCAAAAGCAGCCAAGAAGAAAACAAGUAAAAAACGAACGGGAUCUGAAGCCGCUCAAUUCGAUCAGAAAACCAUUCAAGAAUUCAAGGAAGCUUUCGGUAUUAUGGAUCAAAAUAAAGAUGGGAUCAUUGAUAAACAAGAUUUAAAAGAUUUAUAUGCAAUGAUGGGACAAAUUGCUUCUGAUACACAAAUUGAUUCGAUGAUCAAAGAAGCACCAGGACCAAUCAAUUUUACCGUCUUCCUUACCUUAUUCGGAGAACGAUUGACAGGCACUGAUCCUGAAGCGACAAUAGUCGGCGCAUUCCAAAUGUUCGAUAAGAAAGACUGUGGUAGACUUACUGAGGAAGAACUUUUGAAAAUUUUACAGAAUAAACGAGGUGAACCGCUUGAUGAUGACGAAAUCAAGGCCAUGUAUAAGGGAAAACCACCCAUUGAAAACGGUAUGGUCGACUAUAAAGCUUUUGCGCAUUUAAUAACGACUGGAGCUCAAGAAGAAUUAGCACAAGUUGCUUGA